CCGUCAGACAUAAGGUCACAUGACCGGGGAGUCAGGUCCUCCCAGAGCACGGCGCAGGAGAAGAGCGGGGGAGCCGGGAUAUAGCCACCAAAUGUCCGGGAGCCGCGCCUGAGCCUCACACAGCUCCGGAUCCCGCUCCCCCGACAGCUGGGACGAGUCCCGGGAGGGGGGCCUCCUGCCUUAUCAGGUGUCGCCACACGGUUCACCGGAGAGCAGCGUGCGGGUCAUCCAGUGAGUCGGAGGGGCGGGGCCUGCGGGGCACACGGCGCUGUACAUGUCACAAUCGUGACAUGGCAGUGUUACAGUGAGUCACAUUCAUCAUAGUAUCGAGGAUUUUCAGUGGAUGAAUAGCAAAAGGCAAAUUUUCAAUGUCCUACACUUCUGUUGAGAACACGGACUAUAUACUGCAUUGGGGUGUCAUGGAUGAACUCCACAGCUUGGACCCAAGGCGGCAGGAAUUGCUGGAGGCCAGAUUUACUGGAGGAGUCAGCGGCAGCACAGGAAGCACUGGGAGUUGUAGUGUAGGAGCAAAAGCCUCAACAAACAAUGAGAGCUCCAACCACAGCUUUGGAAGCCUGGGUUCUUUAAGCGACAAAGAGUCAGAGACUCCAGAGAAGAAACAGCCAGACUCUUCAAGGGGAAGGAAGCGGAAAGCAGAGAAUCAGAAUGAAAGCAGUCAAGGAAAAAACAGCGGUAACAGAGGUCACAAGAUUAGUGACUAUUUUGAUUAUCAAGCUGGGAAUGGUUCCAGUCCUGUAAGAGGCCUACCUCCUUCAAUACGGUCUCCACAGAAUUCUCACUCACAUUCCACACCUUCAUCUUCUGUGAGUCUUAGCGCUGUUCGACAGAACAGUCCAUCACCUACUGCGUUAGCCUUUGGGGACCAUCUUAUGACACCUACAAAGCAGUUGUCUUACAAACUAAUUCAAACUGAUCUCACAAUGCUGAAGCUUGCUGCCCUAGAAAGUAAUAAAAACCAGGAUCUGGAAAAAAAAGAAGGCAGAAUAGAUGAUUUGCUCCGGACAAACUGUGAUCUUCGAAGGCAAAUAGAUGAACAGCAAAAAAUUCUCGAAAAAUACAAAGAAAGGUUAAAUAAAUGUAUUUCAAUGAGUAAAAAACUUCUUAUUGAAAAGAGCACUCAGGAGAAGCUUGCGAGCAGAGAGAAGAGCAUGCAGGACAGAUUGCGGCUGGGACACUUCACCACCGUCCGGCACGGGGCCUCCUUUACAGAACAAUGGACAGAUGGAUUUGCUUUUCAAAACCUUGUCAAGCAGCAGGAAUGGGUAAAUCAGCAGAGGGAAGAUAUUGAACGACAGAGGAAGCAGCUGGCCAAGAGAAAACCGCCAUCUACAACUAGCGCCCAGACCCCAUCCUCCAAUUCUGAACCAAAGCAGAGGAAAAACAAAGCCGUCAAUGGGGCAGAAAAUGACCCUUUUUUGAAACCUAGUUUACCCCAAUUGCUAACUCCAGCAGAAUAUCACGAGCAAGAAGAGAUCUUUAAGCUGAGACUUGGGCAUUUGAAAAAGGAAGAAGCAGAAAUCCAGGCAGAGUUGGAGCGUUUAGAAAGAGUUCGAAAUCUUCACAUUCGAGAACUGAAAAGAAUUAACAAUGAAGAUAAUUCCCAGUUUAAAGAUCACCCCACGUUGAAUGAGCGUUAUUUAUUACUUCAUCUACUAGGACGAGGAGGUUUUAGUGAAGUAUACAAGGCUUUUGAUCUUUAUGAACAAAGAUAUGCUGCUGUGAAAAUUCACCAACUCAACAAGAGCUGGAGAGACGAAAAGAAGGAGAAUUACCACAAGCAUGCCUGCAGAGAGUAUAGAAUACACAAAGAACUCGAUCACCCCCGAAUAGUUAAACUUUACGAUUACUUUUCCCUGGAUACAGACACGUUUUGUACAGUUUUAGAAUACUGUGAAGGCAACGACCUCGACUUCUACCUGAAACAGCACAAGUUGAUGACUGAAAAAGAAGCCAGGUCCAUUGUAAUGCAAAUAGUCAAUGCACUACGUUAUCUCAACGAGAUCAAACCUCCUAUCAUCCAUUACGAUCUGAAGCCAGGAAAUAUUCUCCUAGUGGAUGGAACAGCAUGUGGAGAAAUUAAAAUCACAGACUUUGGGUUGUCAAAGAUAAUGGACGACGACAGCUACGGUGUGGAUGGAAUGGACCUAACCUCACAAGGGGCUGGAACAUACUGGUAUUUACCACCUGAGUGUUUUGUGGUUGGCAAGGAACCACCAAAGAUUUCCAAUAAGGUGGAUGUAUGGUCAGUCGGAGUCAUCUUUUUCCAGUGUCUUUAUGGAAGGAAGCCCUUUGGACAUAACCAAUCCCAGCAAGACAUUUUACAAGAAAAUACCAUAUUAAAAGCUACAGAUGUUCAGUUUCCUGUAAAGCCGGUUGCAAGCAAUGAAGCUAAGGCAUUUAUUAGACGGUGUUUAGCUUACCGCAAAGAAGACCGGUUUGAUGUCCACCAGCUGGCAAGUGACCCGUACCUUCUCCCUCACAUGAGAAGAUCCAACUCUUCAGGAAACCUGCACAUGUCUGGCCUAGUGGCCUCCCCCACCACGCCUACGUCAAGCAUCAUUUCAUACUGAUCUCCAGUCUAGGCCGGCAUGACUAUGUGUUCAUUAGCUUUCAGGUGCAGAUUUUAGUUUAAAGAUGAAUAAAGAUUUGAGUAGGUAUUUUUUUUCCUUAUUUUCUCCCCGUCCUCCAACCAAGGAUGUGUUUUGAAGACAUUUGUGUGUAUCGGGGGGAUGGAUCUCCUUAGUGUUAUUUGUAUGAUGAGCGAAGAUGACUGUGAAUAUAUUCUCCUUGACUGUAAUAUUUUACAUUGGCCUCAAUGUGCUGUUAAGCCAUUUUUAAGCUACAGGGAAUGACCUGGGCUGCGCUCUAGUCUCCUGGACCUUAGCGUGCCCGUGAAGCCAGGUCCAUUCUCAUGGAAGAGAAAAGGUUGUGCUUUUUUUAUUUUUUUUUUCCCUCCCUCUCCUUCUUCUUCUUUUCCUCCAUUAGAGAGGACAUUGUAAAUACUCUUUGUAAAACUAAAACACAAUUGGUUGAUACUGGAGAGUUUUAGCUGGAAGGGCAUUUUUCAUUCUUUACAACACAAAAUCCACAAUUGAUUUGACAACCGUGUAGGGAACACGCACCGCCCGUAGUCUCUGACGCCUGUAUAUUGAAACCAAAGCGAAAAGAGAGAGUCGGGUAGUCACAAUUUGUAAU